ACGAGCUUGGCGGGAGCCAGUUCAGCCCCGAGGCCACCCAUUGCAGCCCCUUUGCUGAGUCCCCUCAUCCCGUGGUCUCCAGGAUGAAGGAGCAGCUCUGGCCCAGUGUCCCCGACCCUGCCAACAGCAGCCUGGGCAAGUGGGUGCCGCCAGCGGUGCCACAGGAACCGCUCCAGSUCCUCGCCUCCAGRGAGCCCGGCCCAGCUGCCAUCUCCACGGUCACCGUGCUGGAAGGGGCGCCGGGGAAGCAGGCGGGGAAGGAGCCCCCCGCCUUGCCCGCUGCCCUCCCGGCGCUGCCCCGGCCCUACGUGCGGCAGGAGGGUGCCGGGGAGCCCGUGCAGUACGCGCGGGUGGGGGGCGCGGGGUACCGGGGGCAGCGGCUGCUCCCCGAGCCCGCUCCCCGCUUCUACGAGAACCUSCGGGGCCGCGGAGACGGCGGCGGAGCGGGGGACUGGGGGUUCCCCGAGGAGCCCCCCGCCACCUUCCCGCUGCUGCAGGGGCUCCGCAUCGGCGGGGCCGAGGAGCUGCACGAGUGCCGGGCGGACUAGAGCGGGAUGAAGCCGGGCAGAUCCGCCGGCGGGAGCCCCGGGAUGCGGGGAACACCCGCGGGGUUCCGGGGGGAUGCGGGGAACACCCGCGGGGUUCCGGGGGGGAUGCGGGGAACACCCGCGGGGUUCCAGCCGCACUCCGGGGCGCUGCCCGGCUCCACCCCGAGCGGUGUUGUGUGUCCCCUCCUGGCCCUCUCCCUCCGAAAUAAACCGGGACCUGCUGAGAACAA